AAAAACCUCAUCGCCCACGAGAAGAUUCAAUUUUAUUAUAAUACACCAAAUAGGUUUUCUUUUGUUUUUGGAUUUUGGCAGCACAUAUAAAUAGAGCAUUGGAAGUCAAAACUGUUCUACAUAACAAAAUUCAACCAAAAAUCUCAAUCUCAGCAUAUCAACAUAUUUCUUCUGUUGAAUUAAGAAGUGUUGUGUGUUUGAUAAUUGUGUACAGAAGUGAUGUCGAGCACCAAAGGUCAAGUCAUCAAAUGCAAAGCUGCAGUGGCAUGGGAAGCUGGAAAGCCACUGGUGAUUGAAGAAGUGGAAGUGGCACCACCACAAGCCAAUGAAGUUCGUGUUAAGAUCCUUUUUACUGCUCUUUGCCACACUGAUGUUUACUUUUGGGAGGCCAAGGGUCAAACACCCUUGUUCCCUCGAAUAUUUGGACAUGAAGCUGGAGGAGUUGUGGAGAGUGUAGGAGAAGGAGUGACAGAUUUGAAAGAAGGCGAUCAUGUGCUACCAGUGUUCACAGGGGAAUGUGGAGAAUGUCGUCAUUGUAAGUCAGAAGAGAGCAACAUGUGUGAUCUCCUUCGAAUCAACACAGACCGUGGAGUGAUGAUUAGUGAUGGGAAUACGAGAUUUUCUAAAAAUGGGCAACCAAUUUACCACUUUGUUGGAACCUCAACAUUUAGUGAAUACACAGUUGUUCAUGUUGGGUGUCUGGCCAAAAUCAACCCUUGUGCCCCUCUUGACACUGUAUGUGUUCUUAGUUGUGGAAUUUCAACCGGCCUUGGUGCCACUUUGAAUGUGGCGAAGCCAACUAAGGGUUCCUCUGUAGCUAUCUUUGGAUUGGGUGCUGUUGGUCUUGCUGCUGCUGAGGGUGCAAGAAUUGCUGGGGCAUCUAGAAUCAUUGGAAUUGAUCUCAAUUCAAAUCGAUUUGAAGAAGCUAAAAAGUUUGGUGUCAAUGAGUUUGUGAAUCCAAAGGAGUAUGACAAACCUGUCCAACAGGUGAUUGCUGAGAUGACUAAUGGAGGAGUUGAUCGAAGUGUUGAAUGUACAGGAAGCAUCCAAGCAAUGAUCUCUGCCUUUGAAUGUGUUCAUGAUGGAUGGGGUGUUGCUGUGCUUGUUGGUGUCCCAAACAAAGACGAUUCCUUCAAAACUCAUCCAAUGCAAUUUCUGAAUGAGAAAACUCUAAAAGGUACCUUUUUUGGCAACUACAGAACUCGAUCUGACAUUCCCAAUGUUGUGGAGCAGUACUUGAACAAGGAGCUUGAAUUGGAGAAAUUCAUCACCCACUCUGUUUCGUUUUCUGAAAUCAACAAGGCUUUUGACUAUAUGCUAAAUGGAGAGUCAAUCCGAUGCGUCAUUCGAAUGGAACAUGAUUGAUAAUCAAAUCAUCCCCUAUAUAUGUAAAACAUAUCUCUCAAGCAAAUUAAUUAAACUGUGUGCUAGAAUAAAUCAAGUUUUGUUUU